GCGUUUCUCUGCACUUGUCUGUAAUUGUUUGAAAAAUUUGUAUGUGCAAAUAUAGAUGGAAAAUGUGGUGUUUUGUGUGAAAAAGCAAAAUUGUGGGUAUUUUGAUAUCGAUUGGUGUAGGUAAAUUGGAAUUGAGGUGGCUAGAAGGCCGUGAAAAACAACGAUGGAAUUGUGGCAGUGAAUUUUUUUCUCACGCGAAAUACUAGACAGAAUUUUCCAAUUUAACAAAUUGAAUCGCGCGAUGGAAUUGUAGAAUCUGUGCUGUGGAAUUACCAAUAACCAUUGCCACUGCAUCGGAAGGGAUUAGAGAGACUUCAGGGAGGCGCAAUGACGGAGAGUUGGAUGAUUGGAAGUUUUCUGCUUGGCCUGCAAAUUAGCAUCUGUGCAGCAAUGCCCAUCACAAAUGGAGACUCCGUGCGGCCCCCAGGCAAUUGGAGUGCAGGAACAACAGUGCUUUUUGCUGUGCUGAGUUUUAUGGGAAUUGGAACCCUUCUUGGCGCCUGUUUGUGUUGUCGCCGCAGAAAGCGUGGCUUUGAGCUUGACCAUGUAAAGGAAAAUAAUCAUAAGGAGUUCAAGAAUGAAACACCAGGAAAUAUUGAAGUUCCCCGCACAGAAUAUCCAAUCUUUGGUGCACUCUCUAACCACGUUGGUGGUGAUUUAGAAGAAACAAGACCAUCAAAUCAUGUUGGUGCUGUUCAAGCGGCAAACAUUUGCACAACCAAUGGAUCUCAUUCACCACCAUUGAUCGUGAAUGUGAAUGAAGUGCAGACAAAUCAUAUUUAUUCAGCACCAAUUAAUCAUGACUUUGACAACAACAAUGGCCCUAUAUCGCCAUCCGACAUGGAGAAUAUUGAGAAUAACAAUGCUGGUGAUUAUAUAGCCAAUCGAAAUGAAAUUGGUGUUGUCGUUGAGCCAUCUAUAAAUGCCAUUAAUAGGAAUAUUGUUAAUUCAGCCCCAUCCCAUGAAGAUGCCAUAGUACAUGAAUCGUGUGUUGUUCUUGAUAUUGAAGAGGUGUCUGGUGUGCCAAAUACACAGUUCGAUAGUGAUUCAAUGUUGCCAGUUAUAAGUACAAAGAGUCAAUCAUUUUUGGAGAAUCUCAAUCUGAGAUGUGAAUUUAGUCAGGUAGAGAAUGUUUCCAAGGACGAUGGCAAGGAUUGCGAUACAAAGUCCAUAGAUAGUGGGUCUAUUAGUGAGGAGGGAUCGGGAAAUAGUGAAAUUGAGGAAGCUCUUAUGGCACUGCAGGAUGCCAUUGCAGAUGAAGAUACCUGCGAUUUAAAUGAUGACGAUGAUACAGAGGCCACGUACGAAGAUGUACUGAAGAAUUUGAUGGUGGAUAAUGUUGAGAGAAAUGGUGAAUGUGGAGAUGAAUGCAAAUAUCGUGGUGAUAUUGAUGAGAUUGAGGCAGUAGCGAUAAAACUCGUUGAUUCUGUGCUAUUUGAGAGUGAAAAAAUUAUUGGUAACUUAAAGGAGGAUAGCCAUAAGGUGCCAGAUACAACGGAAUUGCUGGAAAAAUCAGUGGAUUCCCUUGAGGAGACAUUUUUUACAACCAUGCAGAGCAAUAAACUUCUCCAAAGUACUCCAAGUGUCACUAACAAAGUGACUCAUAUUGAUACAGAUGUUAUUCAACGUGUUCUCUUUGAUGAUGACAAUUCCAACAUUGAAAUCAAUCCUGAGGCAGGGGCUACCUUUGUCAAGCCAACAGAUGGGACAUUUGUGUGUGAACGUGAAGGUGAUGGACCUACAAUUGUGAUUGAAAAGGAAAAGGAUGAAGUGAUAUCAGUGGACCUUACAACUAUAACACCAGUCAAUACGCCCAUUGAAAUUAAUUCAGCAUAUACCGUGGAUAGUUGGUAUCCACAGCCAUCGACGUCGAAAGCAGGUCAUUCGGGUUGGUUUUUGCACCCACAGAAGGAUGAUGCUGAAGAAGAAAAUGCCCCAAAGGGUGAUGAAACAUUCAAGAAAACCACCGGAGAUGAGACAUUUGAGGUUGCCGCGGGAGAUGAAGACGACGACGACGAGGAGAAUGAGAGGAAUCUCGAUGUGACUUUUGAUGCACUACGACGACAGCUUGAACAAGUCCUUCCACAUGCACAAGGUAUGGCCAAUCCGAUGAAUUUCUCAGAAGAUGAAGAGAAUUUCCAAGACAAUCGUGAGGUAUUCCCAGAUUUUGCCAUCGAAGGAGCGUCAAAUGUGCAAUCGGCAAAGGAGAUCAUUAUAAACUACCAGCGAAGACCAUUGUCGCCAAUUGCUGAAGAGAGUGAGGAUGAGACUACAUUUAAGACAUUCAUAAUGAAUGAGGCAAAGUAUCAGGAUAGUACAAGUACGGGAUGCAUGGAGACUGGAGAGGCAAUUAUGGGUGUAUCAAAGACACUAAUGGCAUCAAAUGAUACUUUAUUUAAUUUUGAGGAUACUCUAGGGGACAGAGAUGAUCAGUUUUCUUCGCCACAAGUGGAAAAAAGAAGUUUUCCUGGAGGUAUUGUGUCACCAAUUGAGCCUCCACCAUCUGAGAAGAAGGGUCUCAGUAUGGAGUUGAAUCUGACAAAGACAAUCGAAGUGAAUGAUUUGUGCUCACCUGAGGGUGCAAAGACCUUUUCUGAGGAUCAUCUGUCAUCUGACCUAGAUCCAGAUGCCACUUAUACGACAAAUACAAUUGAAGGAGAAACUUGCAUCUCAGUGGCUGGAAUUGCUAACAAUACUUUUGUGGAGGAUGAUGAGAGAAUCUCAGAGAUAUCUGAACCAGAUUGGAAUUCUGAUUUGACAUCGACGGAUGCGGGUGGGAAGGAGGCUCAGGAUGAUGUCAAUAGUUUGUUGGAUGUUGAUGAGUUGGCUGUGGAGGAGAUUGACAAUGCGUUGGGAGUGGUAAAUGGCGGGGGUAAGGUACUGUCGGAGACUGAAAGUGACAAUGACACUGUGAAGGAGGAUGAAGAGCCACCACCACCAUCUCAAGUCGUUUCAGAUGAAAUAGUGAUGGAAAAUGGGGAUGAGAGUCCAAAGAAGGAAAGAGAUAUUCUUGGGGAAAAUUCUGAUAUUCUUCAGGCCAAAGAUACCGAUGGAAAAGCCAUUUCACGCUAUGAGGGCAAUCGAAAAUCUCCACCACCAACAGCCAUUGCAGAUACCAAAGUGGAGGAUUCCAAUCACUUGACCCUGUCGACUGAUGUGCUCGUGAAGGAUUUGUCAAGGAAUAAAUUCUGGAGUGAUUCAGCUCCAGUUAUCUAUAGCAAACACCAUCCAAUUGCCAACUAUAAUAUUUACGAAAUUGCUGACUAUGAUGGAUUGGGUGAGGAAAGUGGAGUUAUCCUAUCGGAGGGGCAGUGCCUAUCCGGUGAAGAGGAUCCUUGGUCAUCGCCAGUGAUGACACAAAAUCCCCUCACGGACAUUCGAUAUGCUACUGUUCCGGCAUGCGAAAUGAUGUCUACGGCAUUCAAUGGGGAUGAAUGGGAUAGCGAUGGGAAUCCAUUGGAUGAUGAAGAUGACAGCAAUAGCAGUGAGGAGUUUAUGUACCUCAAGGGAUUGAGUUCAGCAGAAACGGAGAAGAUGUACGAGAAGGAGGUGGAGAAGGAAAAUACUGGACUCAAUGGACCAUGCGAUUCUGACAUUUGGGCGACACACAAAGACAAAGUACCCGUCCACAGGAGUUUGGAUGAUUCUGAGUCACCACCAUUGAAUUCCGAAGAAUGUCUGUCGGACGUGGAAGGAGAAUUCAUUCCCUCUUGUUGGGAUUCCAUGGCACUUCCUGUGCGAUCUGCAAUGAAGAGUCCCGACAAAUCGAGCAGUGAUGAUGAUUCAAUCGGUGGGGGAAAGAACCGAAGGAAUGUAAUAUUCAAAGUACAGAUGUACCAUUCUGUCUAUGAAUAUCCCCGUGAAGUUGUGCCAUUAUCACCAGCAUAUAGUGAACCAAAAGUUUGGAAUCACCAUCGAGAAAAUCUCCAAUCGUCCAAGUUCAAUGCAGAAGCAAUCGAUCUGGAUGGUUUCAUGGUAUCCAGUUCAACUCGUCCUUUCCACAAUAGCCAAUUCCAGGCUCAGUGCAACACCUGGCCAAGUGAUUCUGAUUUUUCUUGGUCACAGUUACAGGAUGGUGAAGAUGAAGAUGUCAAGUAUACAAAUUAUUCCUCAAUGCCUGUGGAAUGGCCAAAAAGUCUCAGUGAUUUGUCGCGUCAGGAGGAGAUUUUGCGAGGGAGUGAUCAUAUUAAUGGCCAUCAACAGCAACAAGAUAGCGAAAUUGUUGCUGCUGAAGUGUGUGAGUCAACAUCUCUGGGUGAUUUAUGUCAUCAGAAGCCACUUUUGCGACUCCCUCUGACAACUGUUAAUGUAUCAACGAUGGAGGAUGAGGGUCAAGAGGCAGGGCAAGAGGAGGAAAAGAAUAAUGAGGUGAAUGUGGAGACGAAGGUGGAAAAUGAUAAUUUUAUUUUGCCAACACCUUCAUGCACGGGAUCUAUGGAUUCGUUAAGUUCAAGUUCUGGUUCAGAUCGACCAAUGAGCUUUACUACAUUUGGCAAGACCACACAAUCGGAGAGUUUUGAGGAUUCUCUCACAAGUAGCCGGGAUGGUAGUGGAGAUGGAAGUAAUCCAACUGAAGGGGACGUUGGGAUUGAUCGUGAGGAUUUGAUCAAUGAAGUUGAGAGGAGAAAUCAAAAGGUUAGUCAUGAACGAUCGACAAGAAUUAGCGAUAGUACUGAUGAGGAUUCCGGGAUUGAAUCCGUUUCCCGAAUUAUCAAGUGAAAAAAAGGGAGAAAUUAGUAAAUUUUGUUUAUCUCAUGUGUCCAACUCUGUUCAACUGUAGAUUCAUGAAAUUUUUGGAGAACACCUCUUUGAGAAUUUGGUGUUUUUUUUCUUUCUUUAAGGAAAUGUUUAUUCUUUACAUUGUUUUUUCCUGAUAAAUUUUUUUCGUGUGAGGAAAAAAAAAGUUUAGUAGCAUUCUGUUUGGCUGUAGUAAAGAAUAAAUAUUCUGUGAUACAGUUUUAAUGUGUUACUUUUGUAAAUAUUAAAUUUAAAAAAAAAAAGAAAUAAACCUUAAUAUUUACUUCUUUAAUUAAUUCAUCUGUCAAAUCACAGAAUUUUCAUACGAUUUUUUGAUAAUUCUGAUCUCCUGUUUUUUUUGUUUGUUUGAAUGGCAGAAUGAACAAAAAAAGAAUAUUCUUGCACAAAAAAAAAACAAAUUUGUUCAAAUGUAUAGCACCAACAAGUAUUUAAUUAAGUUUAGUUAUUCUUAUGUUCUUCUUUUCUUUGUAUAUUGAAUGUCUUCGAAGGCCGAACAGAAGAAAUUUGUUAAUAGAAAAAAAAUAAAAAAAGAAAUUAAUUUAUAUACGAUACUUUUGAUGAAUGAUUCUGAAUCACAUUGUUAUGGUUAAUUUUGUUUUUGAUUCAUUUUGAAAAGAAGUACUGUACUUAACCAAAGGAAUUUUCAUUUCAAUAACUAAAUAAAGAAAAAAAAUCUUUCGAAAAUUGACUGUACAAUUUAUUAAAAAAAAAAGGAGGAAGAAAAAUAGAAACGAAUAAAAUGAGAAACACUUAGCAAUUCAGAAGAACAAAUUAACAGAGAUAUUUUGUAAAACAUCAAAUCUAAUGACCAAAUUGAUAUUAAUAAAAAAAAAACUCACACAUUAGACUUUGCAGAAAAAAAAAUGCAAAACACAUUUAUUCCAAUAUUAAUUUAAACAAAAAAAAAUCCAAUCUAUAUUAUUCAUUAACAUGUGUCAGAUGGAAGAUAGUUUUAAAAAUAUAUUUGGUAGAAUGUUGAUGAAGUAUAGACUCGUUAGCCAAAAACUUUGUUAACUUGCCCAACGAGUCUCGUGUGGGAGGAGGAAAUCCUUCUGGCUUUCCAUUGGGAUGAAUAUGAUUUGUCUGGCUAUGAAGUAGCAGUGAGUAUAUUAACAUUUAUACAUUAAUAAAAUUACAAUGUACAUUAUAAAAAAAAAACAAGAGAGAGUAAUAAAAAAUCAUAGUCCAUGGUGGA